AUGAGUAACAGCCAAGAUACACAAAGCCAGAAUAUCAUGGCGGCAGCACUAAGCUCGCCUCUUGGGCAAAUGACGGCCUCUCAGGAGACGCAGGACGGGCAGAGGACGCCGAGGGCUAGAGGCCCAAUUCGAGAAUCCUCGCCUCUUCACUUCACGUCGAGCCCAGGACGUUCCGUCAGAGAUAUGCAUUCAGACCUACGUAGCGAGACGAGCGGCCUUUUUGUUGGCUCGCAACACGGAACACCCAGGUAUAGCCGCGGUGACAUUGGCACAGACUACAACUCGACCCCUCGCCAGCCUGCACUGCGACGUGUGCUGCUAGACGGUGACGGCAGGCCAUUGCGCGAAGGGGAGCUGCCCACAUCAGAUGCGCACACCUUCUCCAACCGCGAUUACAACACAUCAGAAGCGGACAUUAUGGGUGGCACCGGCGACGGGCUGGUUUGGGGUACUACAAUCUCACUGACAGACAGCAUCCGCACCAUGGAAGAUUUCAUCCGAAACUUCAGUCUCAAGUACCGCCUCUACCGCGAAGGCCUCACCGAUGAAGAGGUCGCUGAAACGCCCUACUCUGAUACCAAAAUUUACCAAGAAGCUGUCGAGAACAUGGUCACCUUGGGCCAGGAUCGUCUCUACCUCAACCUCCAGGACCUCAACUUUUACCCGCCCACGAAGAAGCUGUACCAUCAAGCUCAGGUCUACCCAGUCGAGAUUAUCCCCAUUCUUGAUCAGGCCGUGAAGAAUGCGGCAGUGGAGUUCGCAGCGCUGGAGGACAGCAGGAAUACGCAAUCUCAGAGCAGCGCGGGGCAUAUAUCGGGCAACACUCGUGAAAGCUCAGAGCCAGCUUUCCCUAGCUCAGAUCACCCAGAAGGUCCCGAGACGCCGCGUGCACCACAAACAUCAGUGGAACCCCAGGAGACCCUCAGGGAUCAGGUCAACAGGAUGUACUUUUACGUGCGUCCUUACGGCAUGGAGUCAUCGACCAAUCUGCGCGAUCUGAACCCGUCUGAUGUCGACAAGUUGGUGUGCAUCAAGGGCAUGGUUAUCCGAGCCACGCCCGUCAUCCCUGACAUGAAAGACGCCUUCUUCCGCUGCAACGUCUGCAAUCAUUCGGUCAACGUCGGCCUGGAUCGCGGCAGAAUUCAUAAGCAAGUUAUCAAGUUGCAGGAAACGCCAGACGCCGUCCCGCCCGGUCAGACACCUCACUCCGUAUCUGUCGUUGCUUACAACGAGCUGGUGGACUUUUGCAAAGCUGGUGAUCGUAUUGUGGUGACCGGUAUCUUCCGUGUCAACCGCAUCCGUGUCAACCCACGCCAGAGAGCGCUCAAGAGUGUUCACAAGACAUUUGUUGACAUGGUGCACUGCAAAAAGGUGGACAGUAAGCGCAUGGAUGCCGACCCAACAACGUUGGACGUUGAUGAAAUGGAGGACAACAGCCAAGAGGAAGGCCUGCAACAGGCCCGCAAAGUCACUCCUGAAGAGGAGGCCGAGAUCCAGGCUACUGCCGCUAGACCCGACAUCUACGACCUCCUGUCUCGCUCAUUGGCACCAUCAAUCUACGAAAUGGACGACGUGAAGAAGGGCAUCUUGCUUCAGCUGUUUGGUGGCGCGAACAAAACCUUCGAGAAGGGUGCCAGCCCCAAGUAUAGAGGCGACAUCAACGUUCUCCUUUGCGGCGACCCUUCGACGUCCAAGUCUCAGAUGCUGUCCUACGUUCAUAAGAUCGCGCCUCGCGGUGUUUACACCAGUGGAAAGGGUUCUUCCGCUGUUGGUCUGACCGCAUAUGUCACCCGUGACCCAGAAACCCGGCAGCUGGUCCUCGAAUCUGGUGCGCUCGUUCUGUCCGACGGCGGCGUCUGCUGCAUUGAUGAGUUUGACAAAAUGUCCGACUCCACGCGCUCAGUGCUUCACGAAGUCAUGGAACAGCAGACCGUCUCCGUCGCCAAGGCAGGUAUCAUCACUACCCUCAACGCACGCACAAGUAUUCUUGCCUCGGCCAACCCGAUCGGCAGUCGAUACAACCCCGAUAUGUCGGUUCCUCAGAACAUUGACCUCCCACCCACCCUUCUCUCCCGUUUCGAUCUGAUCUACCUCAUUCUCGACCGUGUUGAUGAGAAGGCAGACAAGCGCCUGGCCAAGCAUUUGCUCUCGCUCUACCUCGAAGACAAACCCGAUUCCGCCCCUUCAAACAAUGACAUCCUCUCUGUGGACUUUUUGACACUGUAUAUAUCCUACGCGCGAUCCAACAUUCAACCCAAGAUCUCCAAGCAGGCAGCCGAGGAGCUUGUGGAGAGUUACCUCGAGAUGCGCGCCCUCGGUCAAGAUGUUCGUGCCGCGGAUAAGCGUAUCACUGCCACAACACGUCAACUAGAGAGCAUGAUUCGACUGUCCGAAGCCCACGCCAAGAUGCGCCUGUCCGACACUGUGACCAAGGACGACGUUGGAGAGGCGUACCGUCUCAUCCAAAGCGCGCUCAAGACAGCAGCAACCGAUUCUCAGGGACGCAUCGACAUGAGCCUCCUGACAGAAGGCACGAGUGCUGCGGACAGGAGGCGCCAGGGCGAGAUCAAGGACGCCUUGCUGAAGCUCCUAGAUGACAUGACCUCGGGCGGCAACUCUGUUCGCUGGGGUGAUGUUGCUAGGAGGUUGACCGAGGGAGCAAGCUUACCCAUUGAGACUGCAGAGUUCAACGAGGCGAUGCGUGCGCUGGAAGCAGAGAGUGCUAUCAUGGUUACGGGUGAAGAUCUGGUCAUGUAUUUCAUUAAUGGUUUCAAGCGCUUUACGCAUCAGUUCACCGCAUUCUAG